AUGCCAACCACCACGUCCGCACCUGACAAAUCGAGACAGACCUCGGCUGGCAAAUCGUUUUUCGGAAGGAAGCUGCACAAGGAACGACCGGUAGAGGACACUCACAGCGGAGGAUUUGACAGUCUCGCGCCUCCCGGGAGUUCGGCAGGCUCCCGUUCGUCUCGACAUUCGAAACGGUCUUCUGUCCAGUCGGUCGAUUACCCCUACGAUAUCGAUCCGGCCGGGCUCUCCAUGACAGCCGGGGUCAUCACAUCCAUUCCCUUUGAGAGUUUACCCGCAGAUACCAAAUCCCCCAUCCCGGUCGAUUAUCUAUCCAAAGCCGAGACGUCGCCACGAAAAGAGCCGUCACCACACCAUCUUGCGAAAGGAGGCGGCGAUUUUCACCAGUACCCAGCUUGGAAUCCUACGGCCGUUCGAGACACCAAUCAAUAUUCGCACCCCACCGGGCCCCGCCCACCACCGCAUGGUGCGAACGUGACGAUGUCUGGAAGUGCGACGGGAGAUCGAGGGACACGCUAUCAACAGUGGGGGGUACGACCGGGGAGCUCUUCUACGAAUGUCGGACUCAGCCACAAUUCGUCGUUGUCGACAGUAGAUUCUUCCUCGAUUUCACGCAUGUCUCUGGACCAAGCCAGCAUUCAUUCAUCGCUCUCCUCGAACACAAGAGGCUCGAGCUAUCUUUCGUCCGACGGAUCUGCGCGCACGCUUACAACCUCGCAUUCGGCAGACCGCAACACUUACUUUCCCAAUGGGAACCCUAGCAACAAUCGACUAUCCAAUGCACAUAUGGCCUGGCAGUCCGCUCAACCGCCGCCGGCAGCCCAACCAAGACCGAACAAUCCUGAACAGUACUUGACUCGACCGAGAGAUGACCGCGUGGUCGACCAGCUUUUUCUGGAGUUGAUGCAGAAGCGAGGAUGGCAGAAUCUCCCCGAGCAAGCCAAACGGCAAAUGCUUUCAUAUCCCGCUUCGAAGAAAUGGACCCUGGUUCACCAAGAUCGGCUCACGGAAUUGCAAGGAGAGCAGAAGCGGCGACAGAACGCUCGCCAGACGCACGGUCACGAUGGCCCGUCGGGAAUCCUGGAGCGAGCCGAUGAAGAGGGGAGUCCGGAGUGGUACGUGAAGAAAGUCAUGGACGACUCGAUCACAUCGAAACAGCUGGCCAGUUUGAGUGUCAGUCUUCGAACGCAACCGAUUAGCUGGGUGAAAGCUUUUGUCGAGUCCCAAGGACAGAUAGCGUUGACGAAUGUGCUGGCCAAAAUCAAUCGUCGAAAGGCCUCGGGCCCUGUCCCGGCCCCUCCAACAGGAGACAAGGACUUGGAUCGAGAGUACGAUAUUGUGAAAUGUCUCAAGGCCUUGAUGAACAACAAGUACGGCGCAGAUGAUGCGUUGUCGCACCAGCAGGUGAUUGUGGCCCUCGUGAGCUCGCUAUUGUCUCCUCGAUUGAACACGAGGAAGCUGGUCAGCGAAGUGUUGACCUUCCUCUGUCACUGGGCCGAAGGGCACGGCCACCAGAAAGUUCUCCAGGCCAUGGAUCAUGUCAAGAACCACCAUGGUGAAACGGGCCGUUUCGACGCGUGGAUGCGCAUCGUCGAGGUCACAAUCGACGGGCGCGGCAAGAUGGGCAGCUUAGUCGGCGCCAGCGAGGAGUAUCGAAGUGGUGGAAUUGGAAUGGAGAACCUUCUGAUGGAGUAUGCGGUCUCGACCAUGCUUCUGAUCAACAUGCUGGUUGAUGCGCAGGAACAUGACGUGCAGCUGCGGUGUCACAUCCGGGCGCAAUUCAUCUCGUGUGGUAUCAAGCGUCUCCUGACGAAGAUGGAGGGUUUCCAAUAUGAAGUCAUCGACAAGCAGAUCGAACGGUUCCGUGAGAAUGAGGCGAUCGAUUACGAAGACCUUCUCCAGCGAGAGGGCAGCAGCAUGAAGGAUAGUAUCGAGGGGGAGGUGAAGGACAUGAGCGACCCGCUGCAGAUUACCGAUGCCAUCGCAUCCAAGAUCAACGGCACUCGGGCACAUGACUACUUCCUCUCGGCCAUGCAACACAUGCUCCUGAUCCGAGAGAAUUCCGGUGAAGAUGGCCUCCGAAUGUACCAACUGGUGGAUGCGAUGCUCAGCUACGUCGCCAUGGACCGAAGGUUGCCCGACCUGGAUUUCCGGCAAGGGUUGACGUUUACCGUGCAAAGCCUUCUGGACCGGCUGCACACAGAUGCCGAGGCCAGGCAGGUAUACGAUGAGUCUCUGGAAGCCCGCCAAAUCGCAGAGGCCGCGAUUGCCGAACGUGAUGAGAUGAAGGCGCAGAUCGAAUUGGGAGCCGAUGGCCUGGUGAAGAAGUUGCAGAAGCAAAUCGACGAGCAAACCGGGAUCAUAGAGCUGCAGUCGAGACAAAACGAGAUGGUCAAAGCCGAGCUCGCGGAUGUGCAGAGACUCCGCGCACAGGAGCUGCAGCGCAAUGAACUGGAAACUCGAGAGUUGUAUCUGAUGCUCCGAGAUGCCCAGGACAUCGCUGCCUCGAAUGCGAUGAAGAACAAUAAUCUUGCAGAAGAUGAUCCCUCGCAGAUGAGGGGCAUACUGGACCGCGAGAAGCUUCUGGGCCGGCUGGAAAUGCAGCUGGAGCGGACCAAGACGCAAUUUAAACUGGAAGGCAAGGUCUGGGGUCAGCACGGGCCGUCGGAUCGACUGCGUGAAUUGCGAGAACAGAUGGACGGGGAGACCGGGCCGAACGAGGAAUUCGAGGAGCACGCUCGUCGGAACCUGGACAGCAACGCUUUGGGAUCCACCUACCGGAAGAGAAACCAUGUCGCUGGUGGUGAGGGGCAGGAAGGGGACCAGGAGGUGGAUGAGAACGGCGAAGUGAUCUAUGAGAAGGCGCGCCUCGUGGAUCUCCAGCGACCCCGAAUGAACCCCAAUCAAGCGACUGGUCUCCUUGGGGAAAUCACCUCUAAGGUGCCCAAAUUUGACUCCGAUGAGAACGACACUGCUCAAGUCGACGGUGAGGGUAAAGAUGACAAGGCUGGAGACCAACCACCAGCCGUGGCUGCUCCUCCUCCACCACCGCCACCUCCACCACCUCCUCCACCGCCGCCUGGUCUACCCGGGGCUGUUCCUCCCCCUCCUCCUCCGCCUCCACCACCACCUCCGCCCCCAGGAGGAGGUGUUGGUAUCCCUCCGCCCCCGCCGCCGCCUCCUCCGCCCCCUGGAGCGGGAGGUCUUAUGCCCCCGCCCCCGCCCCCGCCUCCCCCAGGAGGUGCCUCGUUUGGUGCCCCUCCGCCACCACCCCCUCCUGGCGCCGGGUUUGGUGGCUGGCGUGCCAAUUACAUGGCUUCGCAAGGUCUUCCAUCCAAGCCGUCAGCGGCUAUGCCGUCUAUCCGACCUAAGAAGAAACUCAAGGCUCUCCAUUGGGACAAGGUUGAUGCUCCGCAGGUGACUGUGUGGGCCUCGCACGACGCGACGCCUCAGGCGAAGGAGGAGAAAUACACCGAGUUGGCGAAGCGUGGUGUAUUGGAUGAAGUGGAGAGGUUGUUCAUGGCUAAGGAGACCAAGAUCUUCGGUGGUGGCGCAGCAUCCAAGCAACGCAAAGACAAGAAGCAAAUCAUCUCGAAUGAGCUGUCCAAGACCUUCCAGAUCGCGUUGGCCAAAUUUUCACAAUACCCUGCCGAGGAGGUCGUGCGGAUGGUUAUCCAUUGCGACGCCGAUAUUCUCGAUAACAUGGUCGUCAUGGACUUCUUCCAGCGGGAUGAAAUGUGCACGCUCCCGGAGAAUAUCUCUAAGACGAUGGCACCGUACAGCCGAGACUGGACCGGUCCGGAUGCUGCCAGCUCCGAGCGAGAGCAAGACCCGAGCGAAUUGACCAGAGAAGAUCAGAUUUAUCUGUACACGGCCUUUGAACUGCACCACUAUUGGAAGGCCAGGAUGCGUGCCCUUGCGUUAACACGCUCCUUUGAGCCGGACUAUGAGCACAUCUCCGCAAAACUUCAGCAGAUCGUCAAAGUCAGUGAAACUUUGCGGGAUUCGGUGUCCCUGAUGAAUGUCCUCGGUCUGAUUCUGGAUAUCGGUAACUUCAUGAACGACGCCAACAAGCAGGCCCAGGGUUUCAAACUUGGCUCUCUGGCUCGUCUCGGGAUGGUGAAAGACGACAAGAACGAAACGACAUUUGCGGACCUGGUCGAGCGAAUUGUUCGUAACCAGUACCCCGAAUGGGAAGGCUUCUACGACGAGAUCAACGGCGUCGUCGCCAUUCAGAAACUGAACGUGGACCAGCUUCGAACGGAUGCCAAGAAGUACAUUGAUAACAUCAAGAAUGUCCAGGCAAGUUUGGACGCGGGCAACCUCAGUGAUCCCAAAAAGUUCCACCCCCAGGAUCGUGUCAGCCAAGUCGUCCAGCGCAGCAUGAAGGAUGCGAGACGAAAGGCCGAACAAAUGCAGCUCUACUUGGAUGAGAUGAUCAAGACAUAUGAUGAUAUCAUGGUCUUCUACGGUGAGGACAAUGCAGACGAGGGCGCCCGGCGAGACUUUUUCGCCAAGUUGGCGGCGUUCUUGCUGGAGUGGAAGAAAUCCAAAGAAAAGAACAUGACUUUGGAGGAGUCGAGGAAGCGGACCGAGGCGUCCUUGGCUCGCAAACGCAUCAAUGCUGGCCUGGCGAACAGUGCCAGCUCUACUACCGAGGCACCCCAGUCACCAGCCAGCAGCGGUGCCAUGGACUCGCUGCUUGAGAAAUUACGAGCUGCAGCACCUCAAGCCAGGGAUCAACGUGAUCGCCGUCGUCGUGCACGAUUGAAGGAGCGACACCAGGUCCGGGUCGCAUCAGGACAGAAGAUUCCGGAUUUUGCUGGGUCUGAUGGUGUGGACACCGAGAAGAGUAAUAACGCGGAAGAAGGCACCAGCAACACUGCAGACAACAACAACAACAAUAACAAUGCCGAUGCCGAUGCCACCGAGACUGGACUGCUGAGUCCUGCCGUUCCGGAAUCCGAUGCGGGCUCCACUGGCAAAGAGUCCCAGGUGUCCGAAAGCGAGGACGUGGCAGACCGUGCCGCAAGUAUGCUCCAGGGCCUACGGGACAACGCCGAUGGGGAGCGCACGCGAAGACGAAGAGAGACCGCAGAAGAGGAGCGGCGCAAACGCAGGCUACGAAGGCGAAAUGGCGCCACCAGUGGAAGCAAAGACAGCGCCGACGGCUCAAUCCUGUCCGGCGCACCCGAACCGAUGUCACCUCGGACGGAUACCAUAGAGCCUCCUGAAAACAUUCCGUCCAGUCCUCCAGCUGAGGACGAUGCCGCCUCCCAGCCACCUCUGGCCCCGGCCAUCAUCGUCUCUCCUACGGCCGAUCAGCACCUUCGCUCGCCGGGCAGCAGUCGCGGUGACGACGAUCCUACCGAUGGCCCAUCGGGCUAA